AUGGCACCUCAACAGAAGGGCUUCUCAUGGUCGAACAUCGCCGUCGGGGCAACGAUGAAGUGAGUUUGCUCAGCGCAGAGCCAGGAUGUCUGGCGUACCGCAGCCUUUUUCAAUGCUGGGAAGGUGAUUGGCUGAUGCGCACCUCUUCACCUCAUCAUUAUCAGCAUGUUCGAAGUGUCGACGCUUGGACAGCCUCUGGAGGUGGUCAAGACCCAGAUGGCUUCCAAUCGCAAAGCUUCUAUGGUCGAAGCGCUCAGGACGGUCUGGUCCCGUGGUGGUGUAUUGGGUUUCUAUCAAGGUCUGAUCCCUUGGGCUUGGAUUGAAGCUAGCACAAAAGGUGCUGUCCUCAUCUUCACUGCUAGUGAGAUCGAAAAGGUUGCAAAGACUGCCGGCGCUAGUCCUGGCACUAGCGGUCUGCUGGGAGGCAUGGGUGGAGGUAUUGUUCAGGCGUACGCAACUAUGGGUGAGUGUAUGACCAAUUUGGAAGCGUGUUGUUGGUAGCGAAGUUGUCACUACGGUAGGUCUGCUUUGCAAGCGCUUCGCGUGCCCAUCUGAUGAGUACAUGCUAGACCGGAUGCCGGAUCGACUGGGGAGCAGGGGGUCCCUUUGGAAUGCGACUGUAUGCGGGCCUUGACCCGUAGCAGGACGGUGCUUCAAUCGCACUUUCUAGCGUGACAACUUGUGGUGUGCUCCAAUGGAUGCGGCACAAGUAGCCGGAGACAGAAGCAGCACCUAGAGUCUGCAUGUCAGCGACCAAGCAGCGGACGGACUAGGAGCACUCAUAAAGUCAUCGUCUUGCUUUCCCAGGAUUCUGCACCUGCAUGAAGACUGCAGAGAUCACUCGUCACAAGCAAGCAGCUGCGGGUAUCAAGCCUCCAGGAACGUUCCAGGUCUUCAUGGACAUUUACCGCCGUGAGGGAAUAAAGGGUAUCAAUAAGGGUGUAAACGCUGUUGCUGUGAGGCAAUGCACCAACUGGGGCAGUCGGUGAGUCGGAGAGCCCAUUGCCGGAGCAUCAAGCCGAGCUGCUGACAAUUACAUGCAAAAUGCCUGACUCGUCUGCGCAGUAUGGGCUUCGCCCGUUUGGCAGAGACUCCUGUUCGUGCCUUGUCCGGAAAGACGGAGAAGGACAAGCUGAGCGCGUUGGAGAGAAUUUUCUGCUCUUCUAUUGGUGCGUGUGCGCUGUCAGAUCGGAUGCCACUGUCUUGCUGAACACUUCGGCUGGCCCAACGGAUCCUUGCAGGCGGUGCUCUUGGAUGUUGGAACCAGCCCAUCGAGGUCAUCCGAGUCGAGGUGAGCCGACUGUCGGGAUCAGAGACUGUAUUGACUGCGGGCUAUGACGCUGAUGACAUGGUUCUGCGCGGGGUAGAUGCAAUCUAUGGCGAAGGCUGAGCCAGGAUCGAACAGGCCUGCUAAGUUGACAAUCGGCAACACGCUGGGUGAGUCAGCAGAGUGGGACUAUCAAAUGCAGUGCCUGGAUCUGAUGUGCGCACUGCUUUUGGGUCCGCCUGACAGGAUACAUCUACAAGGAGAACGGAAUCAAGGGCCUUUACCGAGGUGUCACCCCACGUAUCUUCCUGGGUGAGUGUCUUUGCCACUGCCAGAGCCCAUCACCAGCUCUGAUCAUUCAUGCAUUGCCCACUCUACCGCCUGACUACUUGCAGGCAUUUGGCAGACUGUCUGCAUGGUCAGCUUCGCGGACAGCUUGAAGGCGUACAUUGCACCAGCGGCGGAGAAUGCAGCUCACAAGGUAGAGGAGCUCAAAGAUGUGGUCAAGGAGAAGGCCUCGUAG